AUGAUAAAGGACGAUGCAUUGGAAGAGCAGUAUGGGUUUAAGCCGUACUACUGUGAUGUGCGCAGGGAAGGGUGGCUGCUGAACUAUGGUGUUGUUUGUGGGGAUGACGGAAGGAUGGGUGCAAGGCUGUAUUUGAUUGAUGACCAAGGUGUUGAGUUUCUUGCAGAGAUGCGAUAUUUUCCGUCGUUUCUGGUGAAGGCAGCAGACUAUGAGGCAGUAGAGGAGUAUCUGAGAAGAAGAUAUGGGGGAGAGGUACACAUGGCUCGAGUAGUCUGCAGAGUAGACUUUAAGGAAUAUAACCACCUGAACAAGGCGCCUGCUGAGUACCUAGAAGUGCAGGCGCGAACUGAGACGGGGUUUAACACAAUGGUGAAGGAACUGAAGAGGAUUGCAGCCAGAAACAAGGUCAGGAGCAGUGGCAGCGAGGGAUUUGAUUUUGAUGUAAGACGAGUGAUGAGUGCUGAAGAGGCGAUUGUGUCUGUGUGUGAAUAUGACAUUCCAGCGGAGGUGCGGGUUGCAAAUGAGCUUGGAAUAAGAUGUGGAAAGUGGUAUGUGAUCUGGUAUGACGGAGAAAGGUAUGUGAUUGAGAAGAGCGAGAGGAUUGUGUUUCCAGACCUACGGAUUCUUGCAUUUGAUAUUGAGACGUCUAAGAAGCCGCUGAAGUUUCCGAGCGCAGAUUGUGAUUCGGUGAUGAUGAUAUCAGUGAAGACCGAGUCGAAUGGAUAUUUGAUUGUCAACAGGCGGCUGGUUUCUAAGGAUAUCAAAAGGUUUGAGUACAGUCCGAAGGAUGAUAUGCAGUGUGUGUUUGAAACAGCAAAUGAGAAGGAUGAGGAGGGUGUGCUGAUAGCAUUUGCUGAGAUUGUGCAAAGGCACAGACCACACCUAAUGACUACAUUCAAUGGAUCAGGAUUUGACUUUCCUUUUGUUGAGAAGCGAAUGCAAAGGUAUGGGAUUUGCCUGAAGGAGACGAUGGGAUUUGUCUGCAGAGACGGAUACUAUACUUCGCCUUUUAUUGUGCAUCUUGACUGCUACAAGUGGGUUAAAAGAGAUUCUUAUCUACCAGCAGGAAGCCAAGGGCUUAAGGCGGUUACGAAGGCGAAACUGGGAUACUUUCCUGAAGAGGUUGAUCCUGAGGAGAUGAUGGAUCUUGCGAUUGCCGAUCCUGAUCGAAUGGCAUCUUACUCUGUUUCUGAUGCGGUUGCCACAUACUUUCUGUAUGUGAAGUAUGUGCAGCCACAUGUUUUUUCGCUGUGCUCGCUUAUUCCCCUUAGCCCGAUGUCUGCUAUAUGCCAAGGAUCAGGGACUUUGUGUGAAGCAUUGCUUAUUUCCGAGGCGGUUGAGUAUGGCGUGAUUAUUCCUGACAAGCGGAUGGAAAGCAGAUACCAGGAGUAUGAAGGAUAUAUUGCGGAGAACGUGACGUAUGUUGGAGGGCAUGUUGAAUGUGUAAGGGCAGGGCUGUUCAGGUCUGACUUUUCGUAUGACUUUGAGGUGAGUGCAGAGUUUGUUGAAGAUGCUGGAAGGAGUCUUGAUGAGAUGCUAGCUGAAUACAAGGACGAGGAGGAUUUUGAGGUGAUGAGGAUGAGUGUGAUGAGGAAUCUUGAGGAAAACAAGGGAAGGAUACGACGAGAGGGAAGGAUAUACCAUCUUGAUGUUGGAGCAAUGUAUCCGAACAUAAUACUUACGAACAAGCUGCAGCCGGUGUCGAUUGUGAAUGAUGAUGUGUGCAUAAGGUGCGACUUCUCUGACGAGGCGAAUGGCUGUAGGAAGAGGAUGGAGUGGACGCUGAAGGCAGAGUACAUUCCAGUGAAGAAGGACGAGGUGGAACGAAUCAGGAUGCAAUGCAUGAGGGAGGGCAAGAAUGACGAGGAGGAGCUUGUGCGAAGGGUGAAGGAGUAUAGCAAGAAAGCAUACAAGAGAUCUAAAGUUAAGGCGUUGGAUACGAGAAGCUCUGUUGUGUGCCAGAGAGAGAUACCGUUCUAUGUGGAGACUGUUCGGAAGUUUAGGGACAGGAGAUAUACCUACAAGAAGCUGCAUUCUGAAGCAUUGAGGGAUGCCGAGGGAGCAAUGACUGAGGAGGAAAGAAAGCAUGCAUUGAAGUCAGCAGUUGUUUAUUCAUCGCUGCAGGUAGCACAUAAGUGUGUGUUGAAUUCGUUCUAUGGAUAUGUGAUGAGAAAGGGAUCGAGGUGGUAUAGCAUGGAGAUGGCAGCAAUAGUGUGCAAUGUUGGAGGAAGUGUGAUAAGAAGAGCCAAGGAGGUGGUUGGGAUGAUCGGGAUGUCUUUGGAGCUUGACACCGAUGGAAUAUGGUGUGUGGUGCCCAGCACACUUAUGUCGACAUAUGUAUUCCGAUCAGGAAGGAAGAUGUCUUUUCUGUCGAGUGUGCUGAAUUACUUUGUAUGCAAGGGAUUUACGAAUGAGAUGUAUCAGGAGUUAAGAGACGGGGAGUAUGUGAAAAGGAGCGAGAAUUCGAUUUUUUUUGAGAUUGAUGGGCCGUACAGGGCGAUGCUGCUGCCUGCAUCUACUGAGGAGAGCAAGGUGCUGAAGAAGCGAUAUGCAAUAAUCAAUGACGACAACAGUGUGGCCGAGCUGAAGGGGUUCGAGGUGAAGCGGCGAGGAGAGCUUGAGAUAGUGAAGAAGCUUCAAGAGGAGCUGUUUUUGCAUUUUUUGGAUGGAAGCACGCUUGCUGAGUGCUAUGGAUCGCUUGCUGAUGUGUGUAGAUACUGGCUUGAUAUUCUGAGGAGCAGAGGCGAGUAUCUUGAUGAUGAGACCAUUCUUGAGUUGCUGUCUGAAAGCAGGAGUAUGUCCAAGGAGUAUGAGGAAUAUGAAGGGAAGAAGUCGAAUAUUACCACGACUGCACUAAGGAUGUCUGAGCUAUUAGGCAAAAAUGUUCUUGAGGAGAAGCUGAAAUGUGAGUAUGUGGUUGCAUUAUAUCCAGAGGGGAAAAGUGUUGCGGAACGAGCGAUUCCUGUGAUUGUGUUCCGAUCUUGUGAGAAGGAGAAGUUUCUAGGACGGUGGCUGGGAAGAAGAUACGGAGGAGAUAUCAGGGCAUUAAUUGAUUGGGGAUAUUAUAGGCAGAGACUGGAGAGUGUGAUUCUUAGGAUGGUUAUUCUUCCAGCAAUAUCCCAGGGAAUCAAGAAUCCGCUGGAUGAUGUGCAUGUACCUGAAUGGGCUGUGAAGAGGGGAAUGCUACUUGAUUUUGAGUUUGGGGUUGAACAUGAUGUAAUGAAGAAUGAAGAAGGAAGUGAUGCCAAGAUUGAUGAGGAGCACGAUGGAUGGAAGGAGAUUGGAGCAGUGAGCGAUGCUGAAUACGGGGGUGUUAUGGAGUAUGUUCAAAGUAUGAAGGAAAGAUGGAUAGAAGGCGCACGGAGCUUUCUGCAUAAGGGAGGUAUUGUUAGGAUUAAUGCAACGAAUGAUGGAUUUCUGGAUGUUUUUUAUGCAAAUGCACAGGAAGCAGAAAGGACAGAGCUUGCGAGAUGCAUAUACAUAGAGAUGAGCAGCAAACGGGUUUUUGAGGGAUCUGAACGGGUUGAGAUAGUAAAGCGGGUUUUGAGCGAUGGGGAGGAGAUUGAGGUGGGGAUGCUAAUGCUGAAUGAGAGUGAUUUUAGAGAGAACCGUGCCUUGUACAAGAGGUUUCUGAGUCAUUUUUCGAUUAGGAGGGUGUUUGAAGAGGACGUGCCUGUACUGUAUGGAAAUCUGAAGGAGUGUGAUGGAGGAAAGACAAACUACACGGUAUUGAGUGGGUUUGUGCAUGAAGGACAAACGGUGUAUGUUAUUGGAAAGGACAAGAGUGAUUUUGUGAUUUGUAAGGGAGAUGAUGCGCUGAAGAAGUAUUUGCUUGGAUGUAUUGGAAGAUGGCAGGUGUUUGUUAUUGGAUCCGAUGAUGUGCAUAAGGCCGAGUUGAGAAGGGUGCUUGCGAAGCGACAUACUAUGGAAAGAGUUUUUGGACUUGGCCUAUGCAUUGGGGGACAUGAGAGGAAGUGUGAGGAGCGGAUGAAGAGGCAUGCGGAGAUUGGAGUGGAGAUGAGUACAGUAUUUGCAGCAAGCAAAUAUGCAAAAGUGCCUGUUAUGAAUGUUGAUGAAGAGCUUUUGGAGAUACUUUUUUACAGGGAGUUGAAGAAUGAAGAAGUGAUAUGCGAUGGAUAUGGAAGUGAAGAGAAUGGGAUGGAGAGUGUUUUGAAUGAAAAGUUCAAAGCUGGACUGUAUAGUGAGUAUGUGAUUGAGAUGGAAUGUGUUGGGGCGAUGGUUCUUGCAAUACUUGAGCAUAAGGAGUAUCUUGGGGAGGAGGGCCUAUACGAUGGAGUGAAGAGGAAGGAUUUUGUGGUGCUUCACAGGGUUUUGAAGAAGAUUGUGCUAGACUGUGUGCGAGGAGAGGAAGGAGCGAAGGCAAUUAUGAAGGGGGUUGACUUUUGGAUCAACAAGCGAUCGAAGAUGAUAAGUGGAGAGCUUCGAGGGGUGUGUAAGCUGUUGAAGAGAAGGUACAUGAUGAACCUUGCGAAGAGAUUGUACGACGAUGAAUAUGGAGUGGUUUUGGUGGUAGGACAGAUGAUGUUUGUGAAGACGGAAAAGACGAACAGGAGAUCUGCAAUUGAGUUUUUUGAACACAUGCGUAGGAAGGUGACUGCUAUUGAUGGAUAUGAAAUGAUGAAUAUUAGGAUGUGCAGGAUGUUUGAGAGGUUGAUGCUUGUGAAUCCAAACACGUAUUUUUUUGUUGAGGAAGGGGAGUAUGCUGGGUUCAGCGAGAUCAAUGUGCCUAAAAGCUUUUUGAAGAUGGUUUUUGGAGAUCAGGAGAUUGAUAGUGAGAUGAUGUACAGGCUUGUGACAAGGGUGCCUGCUGGGAGCAGCAGAAUGAUGAUGGAGGUAUUGAAGCAUAUGCAGGGGAUGCAGGCGAUGAUGACGAACUGCUGUAAGCUGCUGCGAAUAAGUGAAUUUGAGGAGAAGAUAGUAAGUCGGACAAGGAUGAUGGUAGUGUGCCCAGUGUGUGUAUUUGAAAGCACACUGAAGCCUAGAUGUGUUCGGUGUUAUCGAGUGUAUGCACCGGAUGUUAUUUUAGAGGAGUGCAUGAGAUAUGCAAAGCACCUUUUAAGGCUAGAGCUGAGCAGCGAUUCGUAUUGCGAAAGGUGCGGAGGAGUGAAUGAAAGGAGGCUGAGUGAUGCAUGCAAAUGCGGAGGGAGUUUUAGAAAGGAAAAGAACAUGGACAUGCUUGAUGAGGUGUGUAAGAUAGCAUGCAGCAAAGUAUUUGAUGAGAUGUAUGAUGGAAUAGUGAAGCAUUUUGCAAAGUGA